UUACCAUUCAAUUAUGAAGAUUACUUGCUAUCAAACAGAAAUAUUGUUACGCUAGAUCAACGAGAUUAUGACGGAAAUGACGCAGAUGACGAAGAUAUCUUACAACAAGGUUUAAAAUACAGUCAUUUUUUAAUUUCUCACUCUAUAUAUGUUGAUUCUCAUUUCAUAUUUUAGACGAUACAUCAUUGCGAAUAUCAGCUUUACUACGUUGUAUUAAUCGAAAUGAAAUGUUUAAUAAUGUCAACAAUCUAAAUACCGGCGACAAUGAAAAUAAUGAUAGUGAAAUACUUUCAACUGUUCAAACUCGAAAUGACAUUACUAAUAGCAACAAUGAUCAAAAUCCAUCAAUAGCACUUGAUCUUUCAUUGACAACACAGUUUGAUACAGCAGCACCGGAACAACCAUCAACAACCAUUACGUCAGGAUCUGUUGUCGAUAGUCUUCCAUCAUUAAAUUCUUAUAAUGUUUAUCGUAAUUAUGAUUCGUCAACACGUUAUAACAAUUCACAAGAACAACGGCAACAAUCUCGAGAGCAUCGUCAUUCACAUGGCCAUCAUCAUCGACAUCGGCAUUCAAAACAUCGACAACCGUCACCAUCAUCGAACAGUGGAAAUGUUGCUCAUUCCGAAGACAAUAGCUCGAUGAAUACUCAUGAAUGGACAGUAGUUAAAAAUCCAAAAUAA